AUGGUAGUGGACCACCUCUCAUCCCGGGCGGAAUACGGACCCAUCUCGAUGGCCAGACGAAAUAUCGCAAUUGCUGAGCUUGUCAUUUUCUCCGCCAUUCACCUGAUCCAAAUCCCUAUCCGCUUUACACAAGAAUGGCGAUACUGGCACAAUCGGAAAAAAAGGCAUAUCGCGCGCUGCUUCAUUUACUCUUGGUUCAGUAUGAUCGGAAUUUUAUCGCAACUUCGAAUCGCUAGCUCUGCGAUGAUAAUUUCUAAAAGUCACCCCGAUAAAUCGAUGCUCAUUGCCGAGGCUUGCUUGCAAAGCGUGGGCCUCUCACCUCUUUUGUUUGAGGUUAGCUUGGUUCUUUUGCGAUGUGGCCAAGCCGGAGAAUACGGCAGGGGAAACUCGAAAUGGUCCCUGCCCAUUCGCAUCGCACUUCAUGGUUUCCGAUUCCCAAUCUUUAUCGCCAUUGUGCUUGCGGUUGUCGGUGGAAUUAUCAACAUCCGACCCUACGGAGAAGCUGGUUCGGUGGUGCUGGUCGUCACAUUUGUGUUCGUCUGUGGCUUGGUCGGAUGGCUGUCGAUUAAAUGUCGAUCUAUUCUUCCUGCAACGGGCCGCCGAGGCGUCAUGUUAACGAUGUUAACUCUUCCUUUCUUGUUGAUUCGGGUCAUUUAUUUCCUUUUACAGGAAUAUGGCCCCCCAGCAUUCAACCCGGCUUCCGGGAGCGUGGGGAUCCUUGCUGGCAUGGGAUUAUUGAUGGAACUCAUCAUCAUUGGAAUCUUCGUGCUGGCGCGCACGGUGAUAGAGCCGCUUUCGGGACCGAGCGAAAACAAGAGGCACAUCACAACAAACGAUGCAGAGUGGACUGGGAACUGA